CCAGAAGUGAGCGUCAUUGGAAAUUAAUUCUUACACGACCUUUGAUUGACAUUCUGUUCAAUCCAGACCCUCAUUGACAUGACUUCUAGACCCAAUAGCGCUGGAAGCAGCAGUAAUAGCAGUAAUACUGGCAAUAAUAUGGAGGCAAUGAUGCAAUUCUUUCAAGGACUUGACUCUAUUCUGGAGCCAAAGAUCUAUGAUCUAAUCCCGACUUUUAUUAAAGAAGGUGGUCAACCACUUAUGCUUGUCAACGCCUUGUCCAACAGCUAUGUUGGUAUGCCAGAGAUGUGCAACUUGAUGUCAGGCUGGGCGCGAGAAUUUGAUCUUGACCCUGCAGAGAUAAUGCAAGAGGUCCUUAAAGAGCAGCUCAUGGAGCGUUUUGACCCUGAAAGUGUGGACAAAGAUUUCAUGUCAGGUUCUGGAACUCCAGACUGGUUGUUGGUCAUGAUUCAGCAUACUUUCUGGAGAUCUGUCAUUUAUGAACUCUCAGAGAAACAUCAAAAAUGCGCGCUACUCAAUUUCGCAAUUCAGCGUAUUUCAGAUGCAGGAUACCAAGGAGAAAUCUCUCGCGUAGCAACAGCAUCGACGUUUGUGAAUGUGUUCUCUGGAGUUUUGCUAGACUCUCUGGACAAGCUUAGAGAUGAAGACGAUGUUGGACUCUCAGAUCGGUUGCCGGAUCUGGUGAAAGUCUGUUGCCAAAGCGAACACACGUACUUGUAUACGCAGGUCCUACUCUUUCGUCUGAUGAAAACAGAUAGAGGACUACCUCUAAAGCGAAUAUCAAAAGAACUCGAAUCAGGCGUACUAGAAAAGUUCAAUAAGCCUCCGUUAGUGUCGAUAUUGAGAAUGUUGCUCGCAGGCGCGUCAUCAGCCGUAGCAAGCGCCAUUUCAGCUAUUCUUCAAUCACGCAUUCCUUCUCCUGGGGACGUAAUGCUGUUACACAGAGCAUACACGAGUGAUGACCCACCAUCUGCGUACUUUCUACGCGAUCCUGAUUUUUUUGAAAUCAUGUUGUCCUCAAUUUUUGUCCCAAGCUUUAAAGGUGGUAUUGUCAAACAAGAUCAUAAGGAAAAGUACCUUUGGCUGAUGGCCUAUGCAGCCAGCGUACAUGAGGAAGAAGAAGUGAUUGUGGAUAAAUCGGAAGUUCAGCCAACAUAUGAGGCUUUAAGUGCUUUAGAGGAUACGCUAUCUAAACGAACUGCAGGGACAGACUUGACCCCUAUUUUAGGGAAUCUUUUAGUUGCCAUUGAGACGCCGGUCGCCUCCAUGGCAUUACUCUAUUGGAUUCAAUUUGUAAUUAAAGAGACAAGCUACAUCGAAACUUAUUUUAGAAGCCAUGAGGUGCCUGUUCCUUUGUUACUGCUUGAAGAGAUGGCUUUUAAACAUCCUCUACAGCAGGCCCCAGUGUUUGCCACGUUAGUUGACUUUUUUGAGGCGCCUCUAGAGCUGAACCCUGAAAUUAUGAUGACCUAUCGGAAAUCCAUUUUGGACAGGAUGAUCUAUCUUGCUCAGUUGAAUUAUGUUAUGCCAGUACUAGACUAUAUUCAAGUGCAUGCUCGUAAAAUGGACCAAUCGCUUUCGAUGCAUUUUGUAAAAAGGGUGCUUGAAAUGGUCCGUGGUCCUUAUUCUAAAAAGUUUAUUGAGGGAAUGAUCCUUAUGAUCCAAGAGAUUGUGGAGGUCAUCAGAAAAACGGACGUUGAACCCAUUGUUCGAGCAUGGAUUGAAGAGGUCGAGGUGCAGACACCACCAACGCCACAUGAACCAGGGAUGCCAUCUGGUACAUCAGAUAUCGGAUGGAACACAAUCCAAGAAUUGAGAAGAAGACUUGACGAGACUCGUCGAUAAUAAAGUCACUAUAAACUGC